CUCUGAGAGAGAAGCAAUGAAGCAAGGAUUGAUGACAGCCAUGUCAUCUGUUUCGCAGCAGCUGCUUCUCCUGCUGUUCUGCUACUAUUCUGCCGCUGCUCGUGCUGAAGCCGUCUGCGCCGAGCAACCAGGUACGUACAUCACACCAUCUGUCCAGUACAGUUGUGAUGAUCGCCGUUUCAUUUCGUCUGUAAAUUUUAUAGCGACUCCGUCGUCGUCCAGUGGACCCACGGUGCCGCUAAACCACCGGUAUGGCCCGUGCUCGCCGGCGCCGUCCACGGUGGAGCCGACCAUGGCGGAGCUUCUCCGCGCCGACCAGCUCCGGGCCAAGUACGUGCGACGGAAGUUCUCUGGGACCGACGGGCUCCAGCCAUUGGAUCUCACCGUGCCGGCCGAUCUGGGACUCGCCCUGGGCACGCUGCAGUACGUGAUCACCGUCGGCAUCGGCUCCCCUGUCGUGACCCAGACCAUGAUGAUCGACACCAGCGGCGACGUGUCGUGGGUGCACUGCCGCUCCCCGACCGGGUCGACGCUCUUCGACCCCAGCAAGUCGACCACCUACGCCCCCUUCUCCUGCAGCGCCGCGGAGUGCACGCAGCUCGGCAACAAGGGCAACGGCUGCUCCAACUCAACGUGCCAGUACGUUAUCGAGUACACUAACCAGCCGAACAACACCGGGACGUACGGCUCCGACACGCUGAUGCUGAGCUCCUCCGACACGGUCGAGAACUUCCAGUUCGGUUGCAGGCAGGACGAGGCGGAGGUGGAGGACAGCAUGGACGGGCUCAUGGGGCUCGGCGGCGACGUGCAGUCGCUCGUGUCGCAGACGGAGGCGACCUACGGCAAGGCCUACUCAUACUGCCUCCCGCCGACCAAUGCCACGUCUGGAUUUCUCACGCUCGGCGGGCCGAACGACACGUCGGGCUUCCUCUCGACGCCGAUGAUCAGAUGGGAACAGGUGCCGACGUUCCAUGGCGUGCUCCUGCAGGACAUAGUCGUGAACGGGACGCAGCUCAACAUACCGCCUUCCGCCUUCGCCGCCGGGUCGUUGGUGAGCUCCGGCGCGUACAUUACGCGGCUGCCGCCGGCGGCGUACACGGCGCUCAAGACGGCGUUCAAGGCCAGCAUGACGCAGUACAAGACGAUGCCGGCCAGGAGCAUACUGGACACGUGCUUCGACUUCACAGGGCUGGAGCUGGACAGCAUCACAGUGCCGGACGUCGCGCUGGUGUUCGACGGCGGCGCGGUCGUCAACCUCGACCGUAGUGGGGUCGUCAUCGGCAACUGCCUCGCGUUCGCUGCCAGCACCAACCCCAGCGGCAUCCCCAGCGUCAUCGGCAACGUGCAGCAGCGGACGCUCGAGGUGUUGCUCAACGUCGGCCAGAGCGUCGUUGGGUUCCGGCCAGGCGCAUGCUGAUGAUUCAUUUCCGGUGACUACUUCUUCGUUUGUGAUUGUGAAUUGUGCGGUAAGGGGCAGGAAGAUCAAACUCGUUCAGAGGAAUAAUAGUUGACUUUGGAUUGACCUGGCUUUUGAGUUUUAUAAACUCAAAAACCCUUUAGCUGGGCUAAAUUUGUCUACUACGUUUUGGGAUGUUUUGUGACAGCAACAUAUGAUCGAUGCUGUAUGUUUUGCUGGUUAAGUUUGUUUGUAAU